GGCCUCCUCUAGUGCUUUCCAUGUGUCCCUGUUCUUGGCGAUAUCCAUCCAAUGUUUGCCAGCCACUUGGAUUAUGUCGUCUGUCCACCGCGCGUAUGAUUUUGAUGAACGUAUAUUUCGGCGGUGGAAUGUCCAAGAAUUAAUUGAAGUCAAGUAUAAAAGAGGGAUUGUUUGGGGGUACAGAGCAUUCGUUACUCGACAGUUGAACCUAACGGGUGUUGGAAACCAAUCGUCAAUUAAUUUGUGAGAUCAAGAAAUAAUAUCGAAGUUAUAAUGGCUGCAAUCACCAAUCCGAGAGUACCAUUCACGAAUUCCAUUGCUGGGGGUAUGUACCCCGGUCGCAAAAUGGUGGUCAAGGGUGGCAUUCCUCCUGGAUCCAACGGGUUCUCGUUGGAUUUGGUUUGCGGUAGCGAUGAAAUCGCUAUGCAUUUCUACAUUUGCUUCGACGAGCUGCACAUCGUUCGUAACUCCUUAAUUUCUGGAAACUGGGGCUCUGAGGAGCGCAGUGGAGGCAUGCCGCUGAUCAAAGGAGAGCCGUUUGAAGCCCAAUUUGAGUGUAAAGAAGAUUGCAUCAGGGUGGAGUUGAACGGAAAACACUUCUGUAACUACACACACCGUACGCCGUACCACAAGAUCACCCACGUGAAGGGAGACGCUCCAGGUCCCCGCUUACCUGCGUUUGGUCUUAACACACUUGACGGGCAGCUGGAGAUGUCUCUGUAUGCCAUGCACGUUGGCUAA